AUGCCGGUGACCCCGUUGGACUGGACCUGGCCAUUUUGUGGCAUGGCGCUGCCCGCCGGGUGCCCUUGGGUGCCUCGCCCCCACCGCCAGCCCCCUCUGCAAGCAGCGUGGCUGCUCCUGCAGCCGCUGCAUCACGGACAGCAGCACCGCCUCCUCUCCGCGUCUCGACGUCCUCGUCCGACUCCACCAGCGGCCGCUGCUCCUACAGCUGCAGCGGCAGCACCGGUGGCGGCACCGCCGGUCCCAGCUCCUCCCUCCCGGGAGACGCGAUCCCAGACGGCAUCAUUACCACCGCCCAUCCAGCAGUACAGUUUCACUGCAGGUUCCACGACGCUGGCUUCCCCGCUGCCUGCCAACUCACGUGCUGCUAUGGCGGAUCCUAAUUGGCGGGCGGCCAUGACCGACGAGUACAAGGCGCUCAUCGACAAUGGCACCUAG